GGUUGGCAGCAGUGGCGGAAGAAAGGUUCGAUAACGCGUUUGGUAACUAGAUUUUCCGACGCGUUUUUCACUUGUCUCGGACGGAAAGUCAAAUUUCCCACGAAACUGACACACAUACAGUUUCCGUUAAAUUCUCUUGGAAAAAUCAAUCAAACAAAAUUCGUCUUUGUGUGCAUUAAUUGUCGAAGAAAGGACGAUCGAGGCCCCGCCAUCAAAACUUCCUUCUUGUUGAAUAAACGUGAUGGAAGGUUGCAAUUACUGAGACGCCCGGAGAAUUAAAGGAAAUUUUGAAGGAAAUGUCGAGUUUGACGCCGAGCACCGCGCUAGGCAUUGCCGCCGGCGUCUGCGGGACCCUUUUCUUAGGCUACUGUAUAUAUUUUGACCAUAAGCGCCACAAAGAUCCCGACUUCAAGAAGAAACUCAGAGAAAAGCGUAGGACCAAGAAGGCUUCCACCACUGGCAAGCGUACAACCACAAAUUUCCCCAACAUGAAGGAUCAUGAGGCUGUACAGAGGUUCUUCCUUCAGGAGGUGCAGCUCGGUGAAGAGCUGCUGGGAGCUGGUGAUCUUGAGAAUGGAGUCGACCAUUUGGGUAACGCAGUCGCCGUUUGCGGCCAGCCCAAUGAGCUGCUCCAAGUACUCCAACAAACUUUGCAACCACAAGUGUUCCAUCUCUUAAUCCAACGACUGCCACAGAUAGCACCACGUAUUGUCGCACAAGAACGGCAAAUGCAAGAAGACGACGUAGAAUAAGAGGAUUUAUCUAUUUUUCGUUGUUGCCUAGUCUCACAUGGUUAGAAAUAUAUAAAAAAAAUAUAUAUUAAAAGAAUA